AACUGUUGUGUAAGGGUCACGUGACCGGAACAUUUCGUUUCUCAGCUUGUCCUCGCACUUGAUCUGCUCAUACACUGUCUGUGCUAUCUACUGAAACGAUGUCAUUUUGUUCUUUUUUCGGGAAGGAGUAUUAUAAAGAUAAUUUUAAACCCGGUAUAUAUGUUUGCUCCCAGUGUGGGCAUCCACUCUUUUCUAGCAGAUCCAAAUAUGAGCAUUCCUCCCCCUGGCCUGCCUUCACUGAAACCCUCCGAGAGGACAGUGUAUCAAAACACAUGGAGACAUUAACAGCCUACAAGGUUCUGUGUGGCAAGUGUGGAAAUGGACUAGGCCAUGAGUUUCUGAAUGAUGGACCGGAGGAGGGCUCAUCACGUUUUUGAAUAUUCAGUCACUCGCUUAAGUUUGUCCCAAAAGAUAAGGUUGAUAAACAAUAAGCGAGGUGAUGAGGCUGCUGUUGCACGCACACUGGUAACGGGAUGUUCAGCUCAUGAAGUGGACAAGGAAAAGCCCCAAAUGGAGAUCCUGUUCACAGAUAUAUUAUGACAUUCCUGGGAGCCACAGAGACUAAAGAAGUUGCUUUAUUUUUAUACUAGUCUGUAGAGCCUGACCAAUAUAUCUUUACCUUUUUUUUUUUUUUACAGAACAUAUAACGCAGAUUAAAUGCAGAUUAAAAAUUUGUCCAGCAGAGCGCACUUUUUUUUCUGGAAUAUUGCUAAAUUUUAAAUUCGAAAAAUAUUGAAACUCUUUGGUCAUUUUUGAGCAUGCUAACGGUCUAAUCUGAUUAAAUGAUCUAUGCCAGACUAAGCUAAAUAUGCUACCGUCAGACCCGGAGAUCGGCUGAAUGGAUUCGAAAACGGUAAAACUCAACUGUUGAACUCUAGCGGAGUUGGAAAAUUAGCCUGUUUUCAAAAAUAGUGGAGUGUUCCUUUAAUGCUACAUUGUCACCUAGUUUGAGAGACUCGAUGCUAAGUAAAUAACAAAAAUGUCCCCGUCUUUUACUCUCACAAUGAGCUUAUCAUAUUCGUUUGCUACAUAGUAAGGCCCUAUGAUUUCCAUUAAAUGGAAUUUACUGUAUAACAUGGAA